AUGACUGAUUUCAACAUACGACACAUUGACCAAAGUGCACUAAAAAUAGUUCAGAUUAACCUGCAAAGAGCUAGAGCAGCAACGGCGCAAGUCAUUCAGUACGCCAUGGAAACGGAAACAGACUUCAUCUUAGCCCAGGAACCUUACCUUUACGACAACAGAGUGUCCGAUUUUCCUCUCUCGUGGACUGUAUUUCAGGGCAAUACUGCCGAAGGCCCGCGAACGGCAAUAAUAUGCUGCCAACAGAAAUGGUCUCCCACCAUCGUUCUAGCCUCACGCGAUGUAAUAACUAUAGCUGUAGAGACAUUAAACAUCAAUGUGCUUAUCACGGAUGUUUACCUUUCACCAUCUGAAGACAUGACACACUCCUUGGAACUAAUUCAGAGAACUCUUGUACAAUAUCCCAGUGCGUCACAUCUGCUUGCAGGUGACUUUAAUGCGCACUCGAAAGUUUGGAACUACCCAAGCACAGACGCAAGAGGGAGAACCAUAGAAGAUUUCGUGGCCAGCAAUGAUUUAACUUUGCACAACACUGAAGACAGUCCUCCAACGUAUGAAACGGUUCAUGGUAGGGGUUGGCCUGAUCUAACCUUGACCUCAGCUUCAUUGGCCCCAUUUAUCCAACAAUGGACGGUGCAAGACUUACCAUCCAACUCUGAUCAUUUGUAUAUUACUUACAAUAUUUGCCAUCCACAUACGAGAAUGACCCUCAAGCGCUAUAAGCUUACAAAGCGAAAGACUGCACAAUUCAUAAACAAAGUUCGUUUUUCCCUUAGAAGCGCAGAGGAAGAUCUCACAGCAUGCACUACAUCCCAGGACCUGGAGUCGUUCACCAGCUCUCUGAUCUCCACAAUACAGGACAUCUGCAACAGUACUUUUUCCCUGAAGACACGGAAAAACGCUGCAUAUGCCGAACUGGUGGACGAAAGAUCUCCGAGCGCAGCGCAGUAA